CCCAGCUAGUUCAACAACACUCGCUCUCUUGUUGCAACCGUGGUGGUAGUUAGUCCAUUCUGGUUGACCAUGUCGAGGGACCCACUUGUCGUCGGCAACGUCGUAGGUGACGUGCUGGACCCAUUUGUCAGGUCGGCAACGAUGAGGGUGUCCUAUGGCAACAAGGAGCUGACCAAUGGGUGUGAGCUCAAACCGUCAAUGGUUGCGGUUGAGCCAAGAGUCGAGAUCAAAGGACGCAACUCGAGGAUCCUUUACACUCUUGUGAUGGUGGACCCUGAUGCACCAAGCCCUAGCAAUCCAACAAAAAGAGAGUACCUGCACUGGUUGGUGACAGAUAUCCCAGAAACAUCAAAUGCAAGCUAUGGCAAUGAGAUUGUCUCCUAUGAGAGCCCACGGCCAACUGCUGGGAUCCAUCGCUUCGUGUUCAUUCUGUUCCGGCAAUCUGUCUGCCAAACCAUGUAUGCACCUGGAUGGAGACAGAACUUCAACACGCGGGAUUUUGCAGCAGCUUUUAACCUUGGGGAUCCUGUAGCUGCAAUGUUCUUCAACUGCCAGAGGGAGAAUGGAUGUGGUGGAAGAAGGUACCAAGCCGUCAGCGGAUGGAUGUGAUGGUCUUCUUUGAACUGCAACUGUUAUGGAGUUACUCAAUUCUGAUUAAGAGAGACCUAUGCUGCACCAUGCAAAAAGUUGAAAUUAGUGAUGACAUAUUAUCCUACGCAUGAUAAGAUGUGUAAUGUGAAGCUUUCCUACCUACUUCGUGUGUACAUCAUAAACUUUGUGUGUGCAAAUUGAUGGUGAAGUCCCAUGAUUAUUUUAAGCACAAUAUUAUUUCUAGUAGACAAAAAUCAUUCCAUCUAUUUUUUAAGUCCAAUCAUUUAUCAAAAAAACAUAGCAUUAGCAUCUGAAAUUGCAUGAGAACCAGAAUUGUUGUUCUGAAAGUCAUUUAUCAAUAGAGUUCCACUGCAACAGUCUCAUCUUAACUAUGCAAACUUUCUGUACAUUUCUCUUCAUGAUCCAACGCUCAUAUGCAUCAAGAAUGGCUAGCCUAACAACUCCCUUAUAAAAAAUUUGCACCAAGUAAUUACAUAAAAUUCUUGAGCUCCACUUUACUUUAGCCAUUCAUUGCUUCUUCUGGAUGCUUGCAUUGCACUAUCCCACUU